UGAGAAAACAGGACAUGUGCAGAGCGGUGUGAAGAGAGGGGGCAGAGCAGUGCAUGCUGUGGCAAAGAGACAGACACACAGACAGACAGACUGACAGAUAGACAGAGGCUGCAGCGCAGAAGACAUGAGCGGUGAUGGCAGCAAACAGCGCUUUGUGUCAACCUUCAGGAUGCAGCUCAAGCCACCACCACCACAUGCAUCAUCUGCUGCACCAGGGAAUGAGCCAAGGACUGUUGACCCCAGGGCCUCAGACAAACAUACUGACAGAGGGUCUCUCAACCGCCUGGAUCCACCUGUCUUCACAGAGCCUCUGGAGGACUGCUGCGUGAACGAAGGAAGUGACAUCACAUUGCGAGGGGUUCUUGCAGGAAGUCAACCCAUCAAAGUGUCAUGGCUGCACAAUGGUGAGGUGGCGCGGUUUGGGAAACAUUCUUUCGAUGGCAGGGAGGUGACUUUCUUAGUCCGGGAGUGUCUGCCUGAAGAUGCUGGUGCCUACACCUGCUUGGCUGAAAACAGUGCAGGAAAGACGUCCUGCUGCGCUGCUGUGUGCGUCAGAGACUUUGAAACUAUCUGUAGUGUCCAGAACAGCAUCUCAAAGAUCACCAUGAGUGCGUCCAGGAGCCUGGUGGAAAAUGGAAGGUCUCCACUAUCUCCCAAAGAAGAUCUGCAGGUGUUCAGAGGAUCUAUUACCUCCCCAACAGGAGAUAAGCAGAGCCCAGUCUCAUCGCCAAAAGAAGUUGUACCAAAGAAGCGAGCCAACUCCGGGAAAGGUGCACGACCAUUACAGUUUGUAAAUCCUCCACAGCAACUCGAGGUGAAAGCGGGGCAAACUGCCCGUCUGUUGUGUCUUUUCACCGGCAGCCCUCCAAUCGUGUCCUGCUGGAUCAGAAACAAAGAACAGAUAGUGGACGGUCCAGAGCUGUGGACAGAAAACACUGAUCAGAGCAGUUCACUGGUCAUAGCAGAGGCUAAACCACAGCACACAGGCUACUACACUAUUGUCGUGAGGGACCGCAAGAGCUCAGCGCAACACACGCUCACCCUUUCUGUCAUAGAGAGACCAGAGCCUCCCGCCUCCUGCCCCGUCAUCUCCUGUGUCACCGCCUCCAGCCUUGUGCUGACCUGGUCAGGACCCUGCUACGACGGUGGCAGCGCCAUUUUGGGAUACGCAGUUGAGUUAAAGGAACAAGGACACACAGAGGCUGGGGACUGGCGAGAAGUCACUGACCUGUGCACGAGUACGUCAUACAGAGUGUGUGCAGGGCUGCGGCAUCAGGGGGAGUACUGCUUCAGAGUGAGAGCCUUCAACAAAGUGGGAGCAAGUGAUCCAGGACCAGUAUCACCAGUGGUUAGGAUGGAGCAGAGAGUUUCAGCUAAACCGCAAGCAGGGGAGGCCCCUAAACGCCCUACCUGUGUGACCAUGGACUCUUCCAACAAAGUUAAAGACCACUACAUUAUGCAGGAGAAACUGGGAGUGGGAAAGUUUGGUCAGGUGUUCAAGCUGACCCACAAAGUCACAGGACAAGUGUGCGCCGGGAAGUUCUACAAAGGCCGACGUUCCAAGGAGAGGGAGGCCGCUCGUAAAGAGAUAGAGCUGAUGAACUAUCUCCACCACCCCAAGCUAGUUCAGUGUCUGGCGGCAUAUGACCACAAGCCUGAGAUGGUCAUGGUCAUGGAGUUUAUCGCAGGCGGGGAACUGUUCGAACGCAUCGUGGAUGACAACUUCGAGCACACAGAGCCUGCCAGUGUGCACUACAUGCAGCAGAUCCUGGAGGGGGUCGCCUACAUGCACGAGCAAAGCAUUAUACACCUGGACCUGAAACCUGAAAACAUUGUGUGUGUUGACACCACCGGCACCUCUAUAAAGAUCAUUGACUUUGGAUUAGCCCAACGCCUUGAUGCUAACACACCUCUGAUGGUAAUGCAAGGGACUCCGGAGUUUGUGGCACCUGAAGUGAUCAGCUACGAGCCUGUGUGUUUAGCCACUGACAUGUGGAGCAUUGGCGUGAUCUGCUACAUACUACUGAGUGGUGAGUCUCCGUUCCAGGGAAACAGUGACACAGAGACCCUGGCCCUGGUCACAGCGGCCCAGUGGGAGUUUGAUGAGGAGAGCUUUGACGAAAUUACAGAUGAGGCCAAAGAUUUCAUCAGUUGUCUGCUCAACAAGGACACCAGGCGAAGGAUGUGCUGUAAAGAGGCCCUUGCUCAUCCUUGGAUGGCUGCAUUUGACUCUGAAGAUCUUGCCACCACAAAGUGUCUGUCCAAGGAGAAGAUGAAGCGGUUUCUCGCCAGGCAGAAGUGGAAGAAAGCAGGUAAGGCCAUGCUUGCCCUGAAGAGAAUGGCUUUACUUUCCAAAGGUGACAGCUGUUCAUCUCCUACCAGCCCUGGAGAAAAGUCACCUCUGAGCCCAGAAGCAAAGCAUGCACUUAAGUCUCUAGAGCAAAAGAUGCAGGGGCCACCACACUUCACCCAGUGUCUGGAGGACCAGACAGCCGUUGAGGGAUCCAGUGUGUCCCUCUCAUGUCAUCUCACAGGAUACCCUGACCCAGAAGUGGUGUGGCUGCGCGGGGAGGAGCCUUUAGAGGAGUCGUCCGCGGUGCAGAUAGAGUACGAAGAAGACGGCCGCUGUAACCUGGUCCUCGCCAAAGUCAGCAUGGAGGACGCCAAUGUUUACACCUGCAGAGCCACCAACAACCAUGGAGAGACGUUCUGCUCAGCCAAGCUCGCUGUUAAACAGUAGAUGUUCUGUAGUUGUAUAAAACCAAGAUAUAUGAAUAUGUUGUGGAGUGCCAUGAACAGAUAGAUAUAUUGUACAUUUAUUUUUGCUGUAACACAUAUAGGGACCAAACAGUCCAUUCUGUUCAGUGUGAGAAUAUAUAAACAGGUGAUGAUUAUUAUUAUUAUUACAGAGGUAAAAUUGAACAAUAUAUUGUCAUAAUUGUCAUAGAAUUAUUUUUUUUCUUACUGUGGCACCUUUAAAAAAGAAAAACAGGUCUGAAAUUGUGAUGUUUGGGUUGUAUAGUGAGGAUCCGACGAUAUAAUUUAGAUAGAACUGAAAAAGAACGCCCAAACAUGAACUCACCAUGUUCAUGUAGAAAUGCAUGAACAUGAUGAUAUGAAAAGACACAUUCAAUCAAACAGUUGGUAUAAGUAACACUGAUUUCAUGACGUCUUCAGUUCUCGUCCCCUCUGCAAUCCACGGGCACCAUGAGACAUCAGCAGAAGAAACUGACCUUCUUUAUGUUGUUUUUAUUUGAUUUGAUUUUAUUCAGCUAAGCAACAACACAGACCGUGAUAUACUUGACUUUAUUACAGGAAUUAAGAUUAAACAAGCAAAAUAUAAACUCUUUGCACCUAACGCAAAGAAAGGUAGAGUCUGCACACGCAAGAAUGGAGGUUAGUUUUCCUCGGCUGUGAAAAUGAGUUUGCUCAUAGCACGGAUGCACUGCGAGCCGUCCGGCUCUGCGAUCUUCAGCUGAGUAAGAGGCGUAACCACGCCGCUGGUGAAGUAUCUGAAUGCAGGACUGGGGGACUGGAUGGCUUCUAGGAAAACCUUGGAGACACACACAAACACAAAGUAGCUGUCACAUGUAGAAGUGACCGAAUUGAUCCAUGUUUCUAUUAAAGUACAAUGUUUACAUAUUAUAUGGAGCCAAAGUCACCAUUAUAUAAAGAUAGAAAAUAAAUGACUAAUACAAAACAAA